AAGAUCAGCGGCUGAUCAAUGAGGCGCCUCCUUGCUUUUCGGAGGUCGCCUGCCGUCCUGGGCCUUCUCAGGCGGCCACACUAUGUACUGAGGGGCGGGGGGGGGCUGCACCUUCCAGGGGGAGCUGGCAGCAUCAUUUUAGGGAAGUGGCAAGCUGCGCUGCCUUGCUCAACUGGCAGCAGACGGGGCGGGUGGGUGUCUAGCUUCGGCGAGUCCGUCGAGCAAGGAAAGGGUUUGCAGCCCGGGCAGUAGCCGCUCCGUGGGGGGAAGGCCGGUGGCAGGAGCCCGGAGCCGCCCUUCCCGCGCCUCGUCGGGGCCUGGGAGCGCCCAUGCGUCGGCGGCCUCCUCCUCUCGCCUUCCUGCGCCCGCCCGGGAGGCCGGAGCCGCCAAGGCAGCCGCGGCCAGGCCGGAGGCGGGACCCGUCUUCUCCCCCCGCCCCGCCGUGCUCAAGGAAAGAGGCCUGCAGGCUCCAGCGCCGCCGCUUCCUCCUCGGCUCGGUUCCUGACGCUCCCCGGUUGCGGCGGGGGCUGCCGGCCGGGUCCGGGCGACCCUCUCCCUCCUGCAGCAGCAGCUGGGAGUGCCGCCUGCUCCGCCAUCCGCGCAGGAUGGAUCAGUCGGUGCCCAUCCAGGAAGCGCUCUCGGCGGGGGAGACCUGCCUGGUCGUAUCCUUUGGGGGCCGCCCCGGGAAGGACCCAGCGGGGGGGGGCAGGGUGGGGCGAGGGUCGCUCGCCACUCCGGCACUUUCCGGCCCCUUCCUUGACCUCCGGCUGCAGGCGGUGCAGGGGCUCCUGGCUGGUGGGGAGAGCCGGCUGCUGGGCCUGGUGGAGAGCCACGGCAAAGCCAUGUAAGUCCGCCGCGCCGGGCAGGUGGGACAGGUGAGACAGGUGAGGGCAGGAGCCGGGCGUGGAAUGGAGGAGGCGGGUCUCUUCCUUCCUCCCCGCCCCUCCGUGCGGCUGCGGCUGCUGCUCCUCCUUUCCCGGCUCCUCCGCCUCGCGCGGCCCCGGAGAGGAGCAGGUUCCCGGGAGCGAGCGGAAGGGGGCGCUGGGGAUCCCAGGAGGGGGCCGGGGGUGGUGGGCUGCGGAGGGAGGAGCGGGCUUGGGACAGGAGCAUCUCCGGGGUGCUGAGACGUGGUGGGCGAGGUGCUGGGGCCACGAUCCUGGUCUCUGAUGGCGAGGGCGCGGGGUCUCCCGGCUCUGUCUCCGCAGGAUCUGCCUGUACAGCCACCGGCGCAUGGCCAUCACCGCAGAGGACGUGCGCCUGGAGAAGGUCCUGCUCCUGCAGGACGGCUUUGCCGUGGAAGAAGGUGAGGGCUAGCUCUCCUUUCUGGCUUAUUGACUUCGUUGCCACAUUCCUCUGCAGGGAAGGCUCCGCUGCCUCCUCCCCCCCACACCCCCGCGAGUCGGGGCGCUUGAAAUGAUUCCCGUUGACCCACUUGAGUAGGAGGAAUCCAGGAUGAAUGAUCCCCUAAAGAGCCAGGUAGUGGAUGCACUCUUUGGGGAACGUUGUCACCCGUGUUUCUGUCCCUUGGCCACCCCCGCCCCAGAUAAUGAAUAAUCAUUGACCAGGCCUUAUGGGGGGGGCUUAGGGGGACCCCUUUGGUGGCAUUUCCACCAGCCACCUGCCAGGCAGCUUUUAAACUAUCUUUUGUAUGUUUUUAGCUUUCUGUAUUUUAUAUGUGUUGCUUUAAUUUGUGUGAGCCACCUUGAGUCCUGGGCUAGGAAGAAGACAGGAUACAGAUAAAUAACUAAAAUAAUAAAAAUAAUAAUUUCUCCUUUGACAGUCGCUGGGGAGAAUGACCUGCACAUUGUAGGUAAGCAUCUGCUGUGGUUCUUGUAAACAAUGAUUCCCCAGAAGUGUGAUGGUGCCUGCCCCUCUUUUCUGGUAUUGCUUCACUCACUCCCUGGCAAGCAGAGCUGUGAGCAGCACCAAGGGGGCCAUGGAUUGUUCUGCACACUACACAAAUAACCAAACUGUUGUACCUGGGAAAUGCUACAGCAUUCACUGACUGGGCAACACACAGGCCCAAGCCAGCCAGUUCCCACUGAGAUAAGCUCUUCUGCUUGCUUCCACUAAGUCUUUGUUUCUUAUUUAAUUUCUCUCUCCCUUCCCACCUCCUGCCUUCCUCCUGCCCCACCCUCUCUGAAUUCUGAAACUUCACCAACCACCCACUUCAAAGCCAAUCUCUGUAACCCAUGUGGGCUGGAAUAUUGCUUUUUGAAAGAUUAAAACUUGCCUUGUUUUUGUGUACUAGGCACACAUGUGGAGCUUUGCCUGAAGGUGCUGCCACUGAUCCCCACUGCUGCGUCCAUAUGUAUAUUGUUCAUUUUAUAAGUGUGCAUGGUGCCCUUCAAUACAGAUAUUUCCAUGGUCGCUUAUGGGGAAUGAGAAUGAUGCAGCCAUUGGCUUCUGGGUAGCUUUAGCUGUGCCCAGGUUUGUCCAUGCUGCUGCGUGGUGGGGCAGCAAUAGGAGUGCUCCUGCAGCUUAUUCUCCAGAAAUGCUUCUCCCAAGGUCAGCCCACAAAGUUGUUUAUGCUGCUCUCCUCUCUCCUUCUCCUAUAGGCUCUGAUGUCACUGUCCAGAUCAUCUCAAGCGACGCCAACUUGCUAGUGCAGCUGCCUUUUGGUUCCCAGACACAGACUUUCUUGACAGAGGUCAGGAAGCGCUGCAGCCCAGCAGGUACGAGACUCUGUUGCUGAUGGGAGGGCCUCAAAGUUUGGGCUACAUUUGAUUUUGCAAAGGACUGGAAUGGGGGUCAGUGUUGAAGUCCUGAGGCUUGUAUGGGAGCUUGCCACAGUGACCAAUUCUUUAAAAGGCUUCAAACCACCAUAUACCAUACUAGAUUGUCACUGAUGCGUUCCAGUGCUGCAUUUCAUGAUAAGAAAUAUGGUCUGGGCUUCCAAGCCCUGGGCUUCCCUCGGUCACAGAGCUUGGCAAGGUUAGAGAAGCCUAUGUUGUGCAAGUAGUCUAACAACCCACUGAGGAACAGCUGGAAGUAUCUUGGUCCCUGAUGCUGGCAAGGGUGUAGCUUGGCUCCUCCUUGUUACAACAGCUCCACUGUUGUUACAAGGCUGCCUGGUUGUUUGCAGUUCAAAAUGCUGGUUGUGACCAUAAAACCCUAUAUGGCUUGGGUCCAGGCUAUCUGAAGGACUGAAUCUCCCCAAAUUAGCCUGCCUGGGCUUUGAGAUCUCCUAGGAAGGCCUUUCUCUCAGUCUCACGACUUUCAUAGGCAUGCUUGGUGAGGACAUGAGAGAGGGCCUACUUAGUGGUUGCUCCCAGAUGGUGGAACUCCCUUCCACAAGAGGCUAGCUUUCCUUUAGCCAGCAGUCAAAAACCUUUUUGUUUUGACAAGCCUUAGGCCACUAACUGGCUGUUGUGGUAGGGUUUCUGAGCAGUGGUGUAUGUGUGUGUUUGUGUGGUUUUAAAUGGUUUUAAGUAGUUUCAGUGCUGUUUGUAAUAGGGUUAGUUUUUAAUGUCUGUAUUGUUUGUGCUUAGUUAUACCAUAUAUGUUUUAAUUUAUGCUGUGAGCUGCCAUGCGUCCUGCACGGGGAGUAUAAGUCAGAAUAUAAAAUAAACAAUUAAAUCCUCUGCCUGUGAGAGGAUGACCUGGAGAGAGCAAGUGAGCAAGAUGCAUUAGUCAUGGUGGGACAGAUCCGGUGCUUGUUUGCUAGUGCAAUGGGGCCUCCACCAGACUCGAAACCCACUCUCCAGUGCCACUCUAGGGCAGAAUGGCAACAAGACAGCAGCAGACAGUUAAGACAACAAGAAGGAAGAAUCCAAACUCUGCCUAUGUGCUGUUGUAGUUGAGUGGAAAGACUAACCAGAAAGAGAGCCUCCGAAAUAUAUCUCAGUGCAGCACAGUGGAUCAUUCUACCCCCCUCCUUCCAUUAGUGGGGUCCUCCUCCUACCUAAUUUAUUAAUUUCAUAAAAUUUACACACUGCUUGAUUGCAAACAAAACAACCUAAAAGUGGUUUACAAAAAAACAACAACCCAGGAUAAUAUUAUAAAUAGGAAGCAUUAACAACAAUAAUUUAAGACUUAAUAGAAGUAAAAAUAACUAUAAACAAAAACAGAUUCAAACUCACAUCAGCUUCAUAAAUAUCUGGGUAGGAUAGUCUAAACAGAAAUGUUUUUAGCAGGUGCUGAAAAUAGUAGGGUGAAGGCGCCUGCCUGAUAUCAAUAGGCAGCGAGUUCCAGAGUGUAGGUGCUGCCACACUAAAAUACUGAAUUCUUACAAAUGUGGAAUGGGUAUUAUUAUGAGGCAUCUGUAAUAGUGCCAGUUCUGCAGAUUGGAGCGGUUGAGUGGGUGAACAGGAGGUAAGGCAAUCUCAUAGGUAAACUGGCCCCAAGGUGUUAAGGGCCUUAUAUCCUAAUAAUAACCCAUUGAACUUAACCUUGAACUUGUGACUGCCCCCUUUCCUGCCCAGAAGUCCAAGGGGCUGCCACUUUCCUCUCCCACAUCCAUCAAUCUCUUCCCCCACCCCUACUUUCCCAAAAACCUUAGCCUUCUCACUCCCAACUGCGGUGAAGCUCGAGCGCACUUGAUCGGACUCUUUCAGCCUUUCUCCCUUCGCCCCUUAAUGUUCCUCCAGCGGGACAGAUGCGGGAGUCGAGCUGCUAGCACGACCAGUAUUAUAUGUGGCGGGUCGUCAGCGCACACGGAGCUUCCCAAAGCAUGAGGGGGCCGGUCCGCUUGCAAUGCGAGAAAAUGCUCAUUGUGAUGAUCAUGACCAUCAACGAUGAAUCAAGGCAUUUUUAGCCGCGGCAGCGCGAGGCGAGGGAGUCCGCAUCUUGCCAUUCCUCCUGUGGGGGCGCUGCUGAGCUCCGCUGGGCUGAUCUGGAUCCGCUCCACCCUCGGGCGGGGGCGUUUCUGGAGGCGAACCUCACUGUGAUUGGCUGAGCCGAGCGAAGGGUGUGGCCUGGUGGGCAGCCGCUCCUGGGAUUCAGACCGGGCGAUGUGCGCUUCUUGGCUGCGGCGCGCAGGUAGGAAGAGGCGCGCGCUGAGGACUAGGCGCUUGAUCGCGACUCGGGAGGAAGAGAUGGCCCGCCGUUGCCUGCGGUGGCCGGCCGGCCGGCUGGCUAGCCUACUGGCGGGAAGCUCCCUGGAGCGGGGGGUUCCCCAGACUGUGCCCUACCUCGCAGGGCCGUUGUGAGGGAAGCUGGGCCGCCGCCACUUGCCUAGUCUGGAGAGGUGGCAGCAGGUCCCGCCCAUACUAGAGCCCGAUUAAGGGAAGGAAGAUGCUGGGCCCCUUCCCGACGCGCGCUGCAGCCCUAGGCCAGCCCUGCAGGUGCUGGCUGGGCGGGGGCAGCCCCGAGGCGCGCCCUCUUCCUGCUGCUCCGGGCUACCCGCCUUUUCCUCGGCUGGCGCUUCUUCCGCGCAGGCAGCUACUCGGGAGGAGGAGGAGGAUUUCACCCUUGUACUUUGGCUGCAUUUUCCACACACCCAAAGCGGCUUUUGCCCUGCCUGAAGGGAUGGAGAGAGCUGGGCUCCUCUGCAGGGAGGAGUCGGGAGAGAUCCGUUGGCUCGGCGGCAGGAAAUCCUUUGGCGGCAGGCAGCCGCCUGCCCGCCUCGGGUCCCUGGUUGCUCCUGCAGCAGCAGCAGCAGCACCUGCUGGUUCCUGGCUGGGAGCCCAUUCCGCCUGCGGGGAAAAUGUUCUCUGGGCGCGGUGGGCUUCAGGGCUAAGGGGUUCCCCCCCCCCCAAACACUUUCCUUCUCUGCCCAAGCAGCCCCCACCUGCUGCCUGGCGAUGCUCCAUGUGGAGGCAGGAAGCUCUUUGCAGUGUUGCAAUUUCAAGGCUCUUUUCCCCAGUCCCAGGCACGGCUGGCUUCAGGCUUUCCUGGUGGGUGGGGGUGGUGCAAUCCCCCACCCCACCCGAUGCUCUUGCCUGGCCUGGGCUUGUCUGCAAGGGCAGCAGCGGUUGGGCUGCUUCUGGCCUUAGAGAAGUUCGGCUGGUUUCUCUCCCUCCACCCCAGUGCCUCUUCCUUUCGUCAUCCUGCAGAAAGUGGAUUACCAACAGGAGCGGAUGUUGCCGUUUCAGCCAAAAGAAUAUAGAGAUGUUGAAAGUGGAGCUUACUCACAAACACUUGAUCCGUAGUCUACCGAAAGAAAAUUCUUUACAGACAGUAUUCCUCAUUUUAGACACUGGGAUGUUGGGCUUUAGGAGGGAGCUUAACCUGCUGUUUAAAAAAGUUCAGGGUUCCUAAAGCAUUAAUCAGAACUCAGUUUCAAAUAUUCAAACUUCUGAAGUUUGAAGGUUUGCUAAAUUGUGACUGUGGUUGCACUUCUUUUUCAGUACCCUGGAAGACCCCCCCUCCCCAGUAUGUGGAUCCAUUGGUUCCUUGAGCUUUGAAAUGUGACUUAAAACAAAAAUACAGCACCAUCAAAAGCUCAGUAUCUAGGAAUGUAAGAGAUUGUGAGUGAUUGGUGUGUCCGUGUGCUAUUUGUGGACUCAACCUCCCCCCCCCCCCCAUGCUGCUGAAUCACUUUAGAUGUUUCUGGCUUUGCUCAGGCAGGCUUAUCUGGUGCAGAGAGGGUUGCAAAAUGGGCAGCUUUGCCUGCACCCCGUGAUUUUAAUACUCUACUUCUGGCCUGGAAGAAACAUAAUGUGAAAAACUGCUAAUAACACCAUUGGCAUUCGGAUAAUCUGCUAAUAACACCGUUGGCAUCUGUCUGUCUCGGGAGCUGAUGGAGGGGUGUGCUUUUGCAGGUGAAGUCAAAGACCACUUGUAAUUAAGUAGUCUAAAAACCCAGUAACGUGAAGCACAGAUGACAUUGUCGUUUCUCUGGGGCACGUGAUUGUCCUGCUGCCUGCUUUUCAGACUAGUAAGGGGUGAGAGAAAAGGUGGCUUUUGUGUAGGACCAGAACAUUAAUCCCUUGGAGAAGGCAGGAGCAGGAAUUUGGAUCUGAGAGGCUGCCAUUGGCUAUGCUGGAUCCUCUUCCCUAGCCCACAGGGCUCGCUGCUUCUGCUCUCAUUGUGGCCUGUGGCUCUGAUCUGUGCUAAAAGGCAGCUUGCUCGCUUUCCUCCCAAGUUCUCCCUCUUGCUGUGUUCAUUUUUUUCCGCUUGGCCAUCCCUGAGACUGACUGUGAGGAGCGUAGCAUUCUGGCAGCCUGCCCUUUCCCCCACCCCAAGGAAUGGUGUAGCCGAGAUAAGGAGGAGCCUCCUCCUUCUCUGAGAGUCAGCCUUGGGCAGGCUGAGAUUUCCCAGGCACUGGUCAGAGACAGACAGCUUUCAUGGGCUUCCCUUCGCUUCUAGGAGUUGCUGGGAAUGAGGACCCAAAGCAGAAAGGGAAACAGCCACCAGCUAUGAACCAGAUGGGCAGCACAAGUGGUGCCAGUCCUGCUGCCGCCGUCCCCAAGUAAGUUGAACAUGACAGCCACAGCCAGCCUUGGAAACAUGUAACGUAAUGGGGUCAGAGUGCCUCUGUGCCUUUUGCUUCUGGGGUUGCCGGGCUUGGAUUGCAGUUCAGAGAGUGUCUUUUUCUCAGGCAGACUUCCAAAAGUUAACAGGAGCAGAACCUCCCUGAAAUUUCUUUUACUAUCUCUUCCUUCUCGCUUUAUAGCAGUGGUUCCCAAACCUUAUCUGGCCACUGGCCCCUUGGUUCUAUAAAAGGCAUUAUUCAGAAUAGUGGUUUGCAUGACCCACUAAGGAAGAUAAUAACAUAAUAAUAGCACACAGUAACAAUUGCAUGUUUAUUCAUAAUCCAAUUAGAACUAAUUGCUUUAAUUCAACAAAAUGAAUGAACUUGAUCUAGUGUUACCAACUUUUCUAAGUCUGAUAGUCAUUUGCACCUGCAGCACUCUCUGCCCCCCACCUCUUAGCCCCCCCCAUGCAGGGAAUCCCACAGCCCCUCAGAGGGCACCACUUUGGGAACCACUGUUUGAAAGAGUAACCUGCCUGACAUGUACUAUAGCAAUUUGGAAGCAAAGGACAACCCCUACCGUGUGCUUGUGCAAGGCUCCCAAAUUGGAUUGGGCCCACAGCUGGGCCACUCCAAAGUGCCAGAUAAGACCCUGUAUCUAAUGGGGGGGGGGCAGUCCUCACCUGUCCUCUUGCAGACCUGUAAGGGGGGCAGUGGUCCUGUCUUGAGGAUGCAACACUUGUAAGUGUAGAACAAAGUGGGCUUUUCCUCCUGGCACUGACUCAAGGCAGUGAGGGGGAUGCAUGUGGGCUAGUGUUGCAGCCCCACUCUGGCCCUCCUUGUGCCAGCGUGGGGCUCCUGGCUUCUCUUUCUGCCGAUAGCAACAACACCUGAAAUAAACCAACCCCUGCCCCCCUCCCCAAUCUUCCUCACUCCCUCUGCCCUAUCAUUUCCAGGCCCAACAAACCCAAGAAUGACAUUACCAGCGAGAUGGUCCGGUCCUCCAGUGUUCUGGUGUCAGAGGAGAUGCGGGGCUUGUCCAUGCAGACCUUUGGGCUGAGAGACACCAUCAUCAAGUCUCAGCUCCUGCAGAAGGAGGACGAGUACACAUACCUCCAGGGCUUCAAGUAAGGGUGAUUCUGAGAGAGCAAUGCCCGGGGUGGGGGGUGGGGUGGCAAAGGCAGCUCCACGCUUCCCCUAGGGGGAUUCCUGGAAUGACGCUGAGCCUUUUCCACCACAAAUGUGCAAGCCCCUUGGCUAUUUGCCUACUAAAUUUAUUUAUUUAUUGCAUUCAUACUCCACCUUUUUCUCCGGUGAGCUCAAGGUGGCAUAGGUGCAUGUUUCUCCCCUUCCUCAUUUAAUCCCCACAACGACCUUGUGAGGUAGGGUUUGCUGAGAAGCAGUGACUGGCCCCCAAGGUCUCAGUUUCAUAGCUGAGAGGGGAUUCAAACCCUGGUUUCCCAGGUCCUAGACCAACACUUUAAUCAUUGCACUACGCUGGCUCUCACUCAGGUGCCAGGGCAGCUGGGCCUGGGUGUAGAAAUGGCAGUGGAGUUCCUCCUCCUCCUGUGCUGGUGGGGCAGAAGUGGUUGGCAAGAUCUGGAACAAGAUUUUGUGUGUUUCUUGACAGGUUUUUCGUGGGCACAUACAACGUGAACGGCCAGUCGCCCAAGGAGACUCUCCAGCCCUGGCUGAGCCAUGAUGCUGAGCCCCCAGACAUUUACUGUGUGGGGUAUGUUUUUCUUAUCCAUUUAUUGUUAUGUUUCUCGUCCACCUCUUAUUUCCUCCAAGGAGCGAAAGUAACAUGCAUGGGUCAUCCCCUCCUCAUUCUGUCUGUACAUCAGCCAUGCGAGGUAGGCGAGUCUGAGAGGCAGUGACUCACUCUCAGGUCACCCGGUGAGCUAGGUGGGAGGGAUUUGCACCUGCCAUCCCCUCCUGCCCUUGUCUUCCUCCUCCUCCUCUUCCUCUUGAUGAGCAUUGCCCACUUGGAUACACGUGUGUGAGCAGUUGAACACUUGAACGCCAUCUGGUUUAACUGACCCUUCAUUUUUCUGCUUCACUAGGUAGAGGAGGUCUCUUGCUCCUGCAGUGCCUCGCGGCCACAGGAAGCAGUGUUGGCCACCAACCUAGACUGCUUUAAAAGAGGAUUGGACAAAUUCAUGGAGAGGGUUACCGAUGGCUAUUAGCUUACAAUGGCUAGGCUCUGCCUCCACAGUCGGAUGCAGCAGUGCUUCUGAAUACCAUUUGCUGGAAACCGCUCAAUUCCUGCUUGAGGACUUUCCAUGAGGGCAUCUGGUUGGCCACUGUGAAAAGAGGAUGCUGGACUCUGUGGGCCAUUGACCUGAUCCAGCAGGUUCUUCUUGGGUUCUUCUCCAUGGAGGGAAGGUAUGCCGCUAGCUCAUGGUUUGCUCUCUUGAAUGCAGCUUCCAGGAGCUUGACCUGAGCAAAGAGGCCUUUUUCUUCAACGACACGCCAAAAGAAGAGGAAUGGUUCAAAGCUGUGACCGAGAGCCUUCACCCGGAGGCCAAGUAUGCCAAGGUGAGCUGGCUUCAGCUGCCGAGAAGGCCCAGUUACCUCCUCUUUCUCCCUGAGGCUCUUCUGCCCCUUCAUGCAGCCCUCUGUGUGUAUGAUUUGGGGGAGGGAUGUUCUGCAGAAGAGGUUAAUGGCAGGGGUUGGGGACAAGGGGACUCUGCUUCCCUGUGAAGGACUGUAAAAGAGGCUCAUGCCUUCUCCAAGUCCACAGGUGAUGGGCAAGGCAAAAAGGGGCCUUCUGCAAGGACGGGGGGGGGGGAUUCCAUUUUCCUUCCAGGCAAUGUGGGCAGCAGCCAGUGAAGUCACACCUGGCAUAUUGGCAAGCUGGAACUUUAGCAGCGGGCAACCAAUAAAGGGCAUGGAAAGAAAGCCUGAUGAGGAACAGUUGAGGAUGUUUAUCCUGGAGAACAGGAGACUGGGAGGUGAUAUAAGAGCCGUCUUCAAAUAUCUGGAGGGCUGUCAUAUGGAGGAUGGAGAAAACUUGUUUUCUGCUGCUUUGGGGGUAGGACACGAACCAGUGGACUCAAAUGACAACAAAGGAGGUUUCGACUAAACAUUAGGAAGGACUUUGAUAGUAAGGUGGUGGAGUCUCCUUCAUUGGAGGUUUUUAAGCAGAUGUUGGAUGGCCAUCUGUUGGGGAUUCCUGAGCUGUGAUUCCUGCAUUGCAGGAGUGUGAACUAAAUGGCCCCAAGAGGUCACUUCUCUACAGACCUAUUAUUCUAUAGCCUUUGUCUCUUUGUUUCCCUGGUUAACAUGCAGGUAAAGCUUAUCCGGCUUGUUGGGAUCCUGAUGCUGUUCUACAUCAGGACUGAGCUCGCUGUGCAUGUUUCUGAGGUGGAGGCCGAGACGGUUGGCACGGGCAUCAUGGGGAGGAUGGUGAGUAUUCAUCACCCUCAAACUCGGGGUGGGCAGGGGAGAGUCUGCUGUUGCCAUUCUGGGGCCACCCAGACCUCUCUCUGUGACAGCCUUGCAGGGUGGUGUCCCCUCAUCCUUUCUGGGGUGUGAUGAGGCUGCUGUGGGCUGCCUGUUAAUAUUCAGGUUUUACUGCCGUCACCAGCAUCUCAUCUACUCUUGCAGGAGAUGAACAUGAGGGGGCCUCUGGGCUUUGUUUGGCCUGGGUACCAGGCUCCCCUGCAGAACGUGGGCUGCAUCUGGACCCUCAAAAGGUUUUGAGGGGUCCCAACUCAACCCCACCCCCACAAUUUGCCAAACUUUUAAAAAAAUUUUUAAAAAUAGUUGUUACUAUUAUUGCAUUUAUAUACAGUGGUACCUCGGGUUAAGAACUUAAUUCAUUCUGGAGGUCCGUUCUUAACCUGAAACUGUUCUUAACCUGAGGUACCACUUUAGCUAAUGGGGCCUCCCGCUGCUGCUGCGCCGCUGGAACACGAUUUCUGUUCUCACCCUGAAGCAAAGUUCUUAACCCGAGGUACUAUUUCUGGAUUAGCAGAGUCUAUAACCUGAAGCGUCUGUAACCUGAAGCGUCUGUAACCCGAGGUACCACUGUACCAUUUUUCUGCAAAGAGUUCAGUGUGGUGCACACACUUCUCCUUUGCAUUUUAUCUUCACAACAGCCCUGUGAGGUAGGUGAGGCUGCGAGGCAGUGACUGGCCCAAAGUCAUCCAAUAGAAUUUGUGGCUGAGCGGGGAUUCAAACUCUGGUUUCUCCCUGAUCCUAGUCUGACACUAUAACCACUCUGACGUUGCACUAUCUGCUCCUGCUUCGUAGGCCCUCUCUUUGCACCUUCCUGCUUGCUUCAGAGAGGUCUUGGCUGGUUGCUUUGGAGUCUGUUCUGCCUGCUCCUUCCAUAGCAGGCAGGGAGUAAGAGUCGCCACCUUCUCUCUCUCUCCCGGCUUCUCCUCUGCUGCUUCUGCUUCUGCUGCGAAUGAAGGGCAACAAGGGGGGAGUGGCCAUCCGCUUCCGGUUCCACAACACCACCGUCUGCUUCGUGAACGCCCACCUGGCAGCCCACACUGAGGAGUACGAGCGGCGGAACCAGGACUUCCGUGAUAUCUGUGGACGCAUGCAGUUCUGCCCGCCAGAGCCAGGCCUCCCACCCCUCACCAUUGGCAAGCACGAGUAAGUGGGGGCAGGGGGAGGGAAGCAAGUGGGAUAGGAUCCAGCCUCUUUUGUGAAGUUGUGGAGCAAAUAUGGAAACUUGGCUUUAUGGGUUUGGGAAUAAUAAUAAUAAUUUUAUUAUUUGUAACCCCCCCCAUCUGAACAGUGUUUUUUGUUGUCGUCUUAUGGUAUGUCUCCUCUGGGCCUUGUCUCUUCUCCUCACCCCCCACCUCACCCCAUUUCCUUAAUUUUUAAUAUUUGUUUGGCUUCACGUAAAUUUGAUUCUAUUACCUACCAUUUCUUUCUUUUUUAAAAAUGAAAAGCAGUUUUGGGGAGUGGCUGCUUAACCCCAUUCCUGCCAUUUUCCCUUUCAAAGUACAACCCCACCCCAUCUUGCACGGUGUCUUUCUCCCAUGAAGGAGGGUGUUUUGGAUGGAGAAACAGCUGGAAGGAAAGAGAUUCAGCAACAGCAGCCCUCCCUUCUUGUGCUCAUAGACUUCUAUAGUUGCUUUUCAUUUGCUUUUGGAAAAAGCCUCUCCCAGGAGACAGUUGCAUGUAUCUGCUGUGUAAUCUAUAGUUUGGCUGUGCUGCUUAUUUCAUAAGCCGAGACAGUUUGCCAGUCCUGUAGUCCUGUAGGAAGAGACUACAGUUCCCAUCAUCCCUGGCCUUGGCUGUACUAGUAGGAUUUGGAAUCCAACUGGAGGGCUACAUACUUAUUGGGGAAAUCACCACCAGUCUCAAAGCAGCUCUCUUUGCCAGCACUGUAGUCUGCUGCCCGUCUUCCACCUUCUAGCUAUGUGAGGUGGCUUCAAGUCUAGGACUUGUGUGAAGGAUCAUCUGUUUCCCAGACCUUCUGGUGGUCACUGAUUUGCUUCCAAGUUAGUAGGAGGAACUAGGAAGGUGGGCAAGGAGCUGGGGACAUCUCUUCAUUUGCUGGGGUGACACUGUGCAUCUUGGGGUUACGUGGCUGGGAAUAGGAGCUGUGAAGAGCCUCAAGGGUGCUGGAGCCAUUUCCUUACACCAGCGCCUCCCUUGCAGUGUGGUCUUGUGGCUGGGAGACUUGAACUACAGGCUGGAGGAGCAGGACGUGGAGCGGGUGAAGAAGCUGGUGGAGGCCCACGAUUUCGCCACCCUUUAUCAGCAUGACCAAGUAUGUGAGGGAGCUUUCGGUAGGCAGGCGAGAUCUGCCUUCCAACAAGGGUCAACCUUCCAAAGAGAAGAGAGUGCAGAGCUCUUGCAGCAUUCAUGGGGCCAGGGCAGGUGUUGGGGAAUGCUGCUCUGUUGCUGCAGCUGGUUCCAGAAAGUGGCUAGGAAUGGCUGGGGAAUCUUUCAGCUACAAGAGUCCCUUUACUUCUCCUUUGAAUAAAUGUUUUCAUUAAAUUUUUGAGAAACCUGAAAGCAAAUUUAACAAAACCCAACUGGACUGUUAUUCCAUCAAGACAGAAAACAGUCCUGGUGAGUUCCAAAGGAGCCUUAAGACAUGUAGCAUAACCAAUCAACUAUUUUGCUCUAGUAAGUCAGGAGUUCUAAUGGAUGUGGUUGGCCUGCAUCAGGAGGCAGGAUUUGCCGCAAGAAAGCAGGAAGGGAGGCGUGGACAAUCCCGAGGGAGGCUUGGGUUCGAAAGAUGCUUUGCUGCUCAGUUUCACCUCUCUGCUCUCUUUCCUUCUCAGCUGAAAAAGCAGAUGGAGGCCAAGGCGGUCUUUGAAGGCUUCCUGGAGGGAGAGAUUUCCUUCCAGCCAACGUACAAAUACAACACUGGGUCUGAUGACUGGGACACCAGGUAGGCUUGUCAGGAGCGUCACAGCCAUUUUGGGUGCUCUGUUCUUUGCAUGUCACCAUCUCUAACAGGGAAGUGGUGAUGGUCCAGCCCAGAGGCUUCUCUUGUGCAGAUGUUUCUCUGUAGCAACUGCACAAGACCAGACCAAAAAAACAUGCAUGCAAAGCCAUUUUAACCUGUGAACUUUUUGUUUUGUUUUUUAACAUCCAGUUAGCAGCUCUUAGAAUGCUGCUUUGGAGAAAAAAACCCUGAAAUACACAAGCUGGUGAUGGCCCCACCUCAGAGGGCUUACAAACUGGGGGAAGCACAAGCAAAAUGUUCCCUUUGGCUUAAUGCCGGCAAGGGGAUGUGGCAGCCCUUCCCACCAUUUUGAAAGCUGCCACUUUUGGUUAGUACAGUGGUACCUCGGGUUACAGACGCUUCAGGUUACAGACUCCGCUAACCCAGAAAUAGUACCUCAGGUUAAGAACUUUGCUUCAGGAUGAGAACGGAAAUCGUGCUCCGGCGGUGCGACGGCAGCUGGAGGCCCCAUUAGCUAAAGUGGUAGGACGGCAGCUGGAGGCCCCAUUAGCUAAAGAACAGUUUCAGGUUAAGAGCAGACCUCCAGAACGAAUUAAGUUCUUAACCCAAGGUACCACUGUAGUUUAAAAUGGCAUGAAAGGGUGUAUUUUACUGGAUUCAUCCCACGACGUGGGAAAAGUCAUCUCUGUUUAGAAAGAGGCCUUGGAGAUUUCUAAUGCAGAAAGACUGCAGAUCUAAAAAUAAGCAACUAUGAACUUUCGGUUACCUUUUAUUACAUGUUACUGUUAUUUUUAUGAGAUGUUAUUUUUUGUGGUUGUAUUUUUAAACUAAGUUGUGUUUUUUUAAAAAAAAGUUUUUUAUGUCUUUUAAAUUGUUGCAGUCCGCACUGAGAUCUUGGAGUGAAGAGUGGGUAAUAAAUUAAACAACAACAACAAUGUCCCUGGACUUAGGAAGCUAACCUCUCCUGAUAUAGUUUACAGCAGCCUUGUAAUUUUAUUUGGCAGUUACAUAUUUCCCUUUUGGGAGGUUUCCAGGGGGAUGCACUGUUCUCUUUCCAGGCUCAUCCCAUGUGGCUCUUAAGCCUGGGGCCAGUCCACUCACUCUCCAGAGCAGCUGAAUUAAUAGAACAGCAACAUCCGUGUGGAGUAUGGGGAAGCUAAUGGAGCAAUGCGGACCCCCAUUCCUAGGACAUCUCUAGAAACCAUCCCUGCAGACUUCAAUUGUGGGCUGCCAGUGACUCCUACAUCUCAGAAGAUGGGUUGAAAACAGCUGGUACACCCAGAGCAAAACGUUCCUCCACACAAUAGAUCCCCACUCCAUAGAAAACUAGCGUAUUGAGGAGAGGACUAAGCUGGAACCAGCAUGUCUGAUAUGCUAGUUUUCUUCUGGCAGGGACUCCUUUCAUUUUGGGUAUGGAGUGACUGAGGUCUCCCAUCUCUCAGGGUAUUGCAGACGCUGUCUGCUGUUUCCACGGUCUUUGUGUGCUCUCCUCCUGACAGAGCAACAGCAGAAUGGACAAGAGCUUCUGCGCCAAGUCUGGUGGCCGAAAUGACCAUUCUUCUCCUUGCUUUGCCUCCCAUGCAGUGAGAAAUGCCGCACGCCAGCCUGGUGUGACCGGAUCCUGUGGAGAGGGAAGAAUAUCUCUCAGCUGAGCUACCGGAGCCACAUGGCCUUGAGGGGCAGCGACCACAAGCCAGUCAGUGCCAUCUUUGACAUUGGGGUAGGCAUCCGCCUCCCGCAAGCCCAGCUGGUGUGAGAGCCUGGGGAGGGCUCCCGUCACUCUGGCUCCCUCUGUUUUGCCACCCUCUCCUUCUCUUCUACAGAAUCAUGGAGUUGGAAGGGCACUCCAAGGGUCAUCCAGUCCAACCCAGAAUCCCAGCAACCUUGGCUAGCUCUGAAGCUGGCCAGACACUGUGCUGCACAGGCAAAUGCUGCAUCUUCCACCUUCACCCCCCCUGCAAAAAAUAAAAUAAAAUCUUGGGCCUCCUUUCUGUAGGUCUUUCCUGGGCACCUACCACAUGGUGACAUCUCUCCUUAUCAGCUGAGCUUAUACAGUCCAGGGGUGAAAGGGCUGGAACAAGGAUUAUGGCUGUGUAAGCUAGAGGAGUGGGAUUGCAGGACCCUUGAUCACUUUGGGGGGGGGGUGCCCCAUGGGAUGCGUUUGACAGCCAGCUUCCUCUGCAGCUUGCAUGUUGGGUGCUUAGUUAAUAUGGCAGGUGAUGCUGAGGACUCUCAGGAGGGGGAACCUCCUCCCCUCUGUCUCUCCCCCCAAUGACCCUUCUGCUGCUGCAUGUUCCAUUCAGGUGAAGGUGGUGGACAAGGAGCUCUACCGCAGAUCCUUCGAAGACAUAGUGCGCUCCUUGGACAAGAUGGAGAACGCCAGCAUCCCGUCGGUCACCCUCUCCAAGAGGGAGGUAGGAUCAGCUGCUGCUGCUGCCCUGGCCAGUUGGCAGCAUCAAGAGGCUUGCUUCUGGAGAUACAGCCCCACUGGGCCUGCUGGCUCAAGGCCAUGUAUGGGGCACGGCAAGCUCGUGGCAUUCCACAGAACAAGCCUCCCAGCAGACCUCUUUCCCAAGCUUGCUGCUGGGACCUGGAUGUUCACUGGAGCUUGGGGUCAAGCCCUUAGUUCAUAGAAUUGUAGAGUUUGAAGGGACCUCAAGGGUAAUUUAGGGUCCAACCUCUGGCAUGCAGGAAUCACAGCUACAGAAUCCCUGACAGGUCUGUCUGACCUCUGUUGGAAACCCCCCAAUGAAGGAGAGUGCACCACCUUCCGAGGGACUCUGUUGCACUGCCGAAUGGCUUUUACCCUCAGAAAGUUCUUCCUAACCUUUAAUUGGAAUCCCGUUCCUUGUCCCUUGUCACUUCCAUUGGUUCAGGUCCUCCCCUCUGGAGCAGGAGAAAACAAGCUUGCUCUUCAGUUAUUUGAAGAUGGCUCUCCUAUCUCCCCUCAGUCUCUUUUCCAGGCUACAUAUGCAUAACUCCCCUUUCCCUUCCCACCCUUCUCCUCCGUGUUUGUGGUUCUUUCCCCACCCACAGUUCCUCUUCAAGGAUGUGAAGUACAUGCAGCUCCAGUUGGCGUCCUUCACCAUCCACAAUGGGCCUGUUCCUUGCCAGUUUGAGUUCAUCAACAAGCUGGAUGAAGAGGCCUAUUGCAAGCCAUGGCUGAUGGCAAACCCCAACAAGGGCUUCCUGUUACCAGGUGAGCUGGGAGGUCUCUGUCUUUUCAUGGGGUUUUACCACGCUUUCUGCCUGAUCCUCCCUCUGGGUGACAGCCACAGAUUGCUCUUGGCCACCCCAACCUGCUUCAGCAUCCGGUGGCUGUGUGCACCCGAUCCAUCCAUGGCCCUCCAAAUAUGUUCAGUUUGAUUCAAGCUUCGAAAAAAUAGCCACAGUUGCUCACAAAUUAAAAUAUCACUUCAUUGAUCUGGAGAACAGCCGUGUUUGUAGCAAGAACAAGAAAACUCCAGCAAAAAAUUAAAGACAGAUUUAUUGCGACACAAGGCACCUUUUGCAUUUCACUGUCUGUCAGGGCAGGGAGGGCUCUGGGUAUCCGUGAGCAGACUCUGUUUGCUGGGGCUGUCAGUGCCUCAUCCAGAGACAGUCUUCUGCCUGCAGUCUUUGGACUCACAAAGCAGCCACCGCUCCCCUUUUCUUGGAGAUGUUGUCAAGUGAGCAGCUUCAGGCCCCUCAGUUUGCAUUUAUUUAUUUGCAUUUAUACCCCGCCUUUUUCUCCAAGGAGCUCUAGAGUGGUGUACAUGGUUUUCUCUCCUUCCUCAUUUAAUCCCCACAGCAACAACCCUGUGAAGUGGGUUGGGCUGAUUGGCCCAAGGUCGCCGGGUAAACUUGGUGGCCAAGUGGAGAUUCAGACCUUGGUCCCUCCCAAGUCCUAGUCCAGCGUUCUAACCACUACACCACACUAGCUCUCAAUUUAUCCUUUGAGGCCUUUGACGCUGUGGAUCCUGGUGUGUGUUGACAGUGGGGCUGGGUGAGCAUUUUGUGGGUUUGCUCCGGAAUGUUUCUUUCAGCAGGAGCUUGCUCAUCUUCCAUCAGGGACCUUCCUUGUAGGGAUCCAUCUUUCCUCUUUCUCCCCACCCCACAUGUGGUUGUGAGAUGCUUUGAGGCUCGGUGUUGUCAAACUGUCCGUCUUCAUUCUCCCUGAAGAUGCCGAGGUGACGGUCGAGUUGGAACUGUUUGUGAACAAGUCAACAGCAACGCGCUUGAACUCUGGAGAGGACCAGCUGGAGGACAUCCUGGUGCUGCACCUCGACCGAGGCAAAGAUUACUUCUUGCCCGUGUCAGGGAACUACCUGCCCAGCUGCUUUGGGUGCCCCCUGCAGACCCUGUGCCACAUGAGGGAGCCCAUCCAAGAGAUGUCGCCAGAGGCCAUCAGAAAGCUAGUGAGUUCUUAUGGCCAACCAAGUCUGCUGCCCUUCAUCCCAAAGACAUUUUGGGGGAGUUGGCUUGGGAGGAGGAUUGCAGACUAGGUGACUCUUUGGGGACCUUCCAACUCUGCUUCAUGUCCAAUGCUGCUUUGCAGAGGAUGCUGCCUUAGACUACACAGUCCUUCCAAUCCAGGACUGUUCACACUGACUGGCUAUGGCUCUUCAGGCAGGGGGGCAUUCCCUGUCCUACCUGGAGAUGCCAUAGGGAAUUGAGCUUUGGAGUCUUCUGCAUGUAGAGCAGGUGCUCUACCACUGGGAUCAUGGCCUUUCUCCAACCCUGUUGCUCCCUUCCAGGUUCUGCUGCCAUUGUGGUCAAGUGACAAUGAUGCCUCCUGGCCCGAGAAGCCCUUGGACAUUCCUAAGGAGUUGUGGAUGAUGGUUGACCACCUGUACCGCAAUGCUUGCCAGCAGGUUAGAAGGAUGCCGCUGGACCUGAACUUCCUUUUGUGUGCUUGGCCUUGUUAUGGGAAGAGGGAAGGAUAGGAGCUUAGCUUUGGCAAAGCCCAGCAGGGGCAGGAGUGCUCAUUAAAUGCUGGGGAACGAACAGUAUCUAUGGUGCUUGCUAACUAACAAGGGGGCUUCUACACUGUUUGUGCCCUGGAGUUUGGCUGCAUUGGGUUCAUUGUGCCCUUGGGAUGUGUGAUUGUAUUCAUGGGUGCAGCUCCACAGGAAGGCACUUCCAGCAGAUCUAGCAAAGUGAAACUGAUCUUUUUUUGCCUUCUUUGCCUUUUACUGUGGCUGCUCACGUUUGCAGGAGGACCUCUUCCAGCAGCCGGGCCUGAGGGUCGAGUUUGAACAGAUCCGUGAUUGCCUGGACACAGGGAUGAUGGAUACACUCAGUAUCCUUGGAGGAAGUGUGUUUGAAAGCGGGACUGGCAUUAUCUUUCUCUCUCCCACCCCUUGUAAUUCAGUACAGUACAACUGCAUAUUACGCACGAUUUCAACCAUAUGCGGUUGAAGGCAGGCUGGUUGAAAUUCUACAAGUUAAAUGCAAGCAAGGCAGAGGGCUUAAAUGCUCUUGCCAUGCUGGGAAAGCCUUCUGGUGUUUCUGGAACGUGACCCCUGCAUAAGAGGCAAUUGUACUGCAUUCCCCUGUGGAGUCUGCUGAUUCUCUCUGCAAAGUACAGUGGUACCUCUGGAUGUGAACAGGAUCCGUUCCAGAGCCCCGUUCGCAUCCUGAAGCGAACGCAACGUGCGUCUGCGUGUGCACGGGUCGCGAUUUGCUGCUUCCAGGUGACGUCAUUUUGAGCGUCUGCGCGAGCGGCAAAACCUGGAAGUAAUGCGUUCCGUUACUUCCGGGUCGCCGCGGAGCGUAACCUGAAAACGCUCAACCUGAAGCUACUUCAACCCAAGGUAUGACUGUGCAUGUUUACUCCCUCCCUUAGCAGUUCAGCCAACCCGAUCCCCAUCCCAGCUACCUAUGAACUGGGUUUCUGUGCCAGAUGAGGCAAACAUUUCUCCCCCUGUGAAUACCUUAUUGCAGCUAGUUGUCAUCUUGCAUUUUUUUACUGCCUCUGUGGUUGUGCGGCCCCCUACGCUGGGGCCUCCUUAUGGAUGAGUGGGCUUUCCCAGUGUCUCAGCAUUGCAGCUGGCACUGGCCUCAUCUUGGCGACUGCCUGUUCCUUAAACAUCACUGGCCAGAUGGCAGCAACCACUCGGUGGCGGAAGCUUUGCUGCUCUUCUUGGAGAGUCUCCCUGAGCCGGUCAUCUGCUACAUGCUGUACGACAAGUGCUUGGAGGCUGCUGACAGCCAUGUGCUGAGCAAUCAGGUGAGCCAGUAGAGGCCGGCUGCCAAAAUGGGAGACAUGUAAUGCCAAGAGGCUGCCUGGUCCCUUGGUGGGGGAAGUGUGUUUGCAUGCGUGCGACAGCUUCCUUCUCCGUUGUUCCCAGGUGGUUUCCACGCUGCCCAAGUGUCAUAAAAACGUCUUCAGUUAUCUGAUAGCAUUUCUGCGGGAACUACUGCAGCACUCUGUGAAAAACCACUUGGAUGUGAAUAUUCUUGGUAAGAACUGAUCCUGGCUUUGGUGGAUGAUCCUAGGAUGAAUGAACUGGGAUAAACGGGGUCGUGACCUAUUUGAUUUAAAUGUUUUGGCAUGUCACACACCUGACAGGAAUGCAGCUCAUUUAACUAUGCCCUAGAGCAGCUUGUUUCAAAACAUAGGUUGAGCCAAGUGGAGGUGGUGAGUUGGCAUCUCAACUCCUGUGCAUUUAAUUAUUCGGGACACUGUGCCAAAAAACCAUCAGCUGGUGUGGUGGGCCUUGAGAAGGGCAGUCAUCCCCCUUGAUAGCUCCUUACAUGGAACUCAGAUGCCACUUACGUAUGCAAACACUAAUGGAUUUUUUUAUCAUGUUUCCUGUGCAGGUAGCAUAUUUGGGGGGCUACUGCUCCGUCCCCCUCCUGGUCACACCAAGCCAGACAUUGCCGAGAAGCGGAAAGCUCAGCAAUUCAUCCAGCAGUUCCUCUUGCGGGAAGAGAUCGCACUGUGAAGGCCGAGGACUAGUAACUAUAGGCAGGGCUUGUGUAAAAAAUAGUUUUGUAUAUUCAGAAAAUUAGAUUUUGCAGUAAUUGUGUUUUUUUUAAAAAAUGUAAAGACAUGUACAUACUUUUUAAUUCUGGAGCACAGGUCAGGUGGGAAGAAGCAGCUGCUACUGUGUUAGCAGCACUAUAAAGCACAGUGAGUUUUUAUAUUAAACCAGCAGUCAGUCUGCACACUGGAUCUUGACUGUGGUAUGUCAUGUUUUGUGACAAAACAAUGUCCUCCUUUAUCUGCCAUUGCCUUAAUGCUUAAUCUUUGAUAACCUAAAUCAGCUACUUUUAUAAGCAAAGAAUGUAACAUAAAUAUAAUUAAACAUUUUAACUUAUUAACGUC